CCAUGUCCUGCAAACCGUCUGAAGUGUAACGGCUCAAAGGCGUGAAAGUCGUGACAUUGAAGCCGGUGACAAGGGACAACUGACAAGUGUAGCGGGACCAAAACACUAAAAUCCAUGUUGUGCCCCAUGUCUUGUGAUUUCUAAUCUAAUUUCUAUUCUAGCUUCUAAUCUGUCACAAUUUGAAACAACAAAUCCAUAAACUUCUGUAUGGUUCUCAAGGGAUGCCAAGAUGGAGGAUUUGUUUCCGAGCCAAGGAAUUUUCUGGAUGAGCCUCCUAAUGUCUUUCAACCUCACGCUGUCAGAUGAGGAUCUCUGUGUUGGGCUGAAGCCGGUCAUCGUGCCCCCACGUCUGGUGGUCCAAUAUGGAGAAUCCGCCUCAGCAACAUGCAGCGUUCCCCAGCCGAUAGGCGUCAUGGGCUGGAAGACGCCUGCAGAGGGCGCCAUGAGGGAGUAUAAUGUCCAGAGCCUGCAGUGGGUAGCAGACAGAGUUACAGACUGGAGACUGGAAUCUGGAGUGAGCUGCUUCACCGCCUCUGAGGAGCACGGCGAGUGCUCAACACACCUGCCCAUCACUAUUUACAAAAUUCCCGAAAGUGUGACGAUUCGGGUCCAGCAGCACACAGGCCCCCUUCUGGAGGGGGAGAGGUAUAACCUGGAGUGCGAGGCAGAGGGUGUGGCGCCCGUACGCAAUGUCACCGUCUUGUGGUUCAGGGGAGGCCAGAUGUUCGCACAGUCGCGUAUCCCGCCGUACUCUAUCCGAGGAUACCAGUCUGGAGACGACACUUUCAGGAAUAUUUUGACCUUCACAGCUUUGAGACUGGACCAUGGGGCUUUCUACAGCUGUGCCGCCAGACUGGACCUGAAUACGUCUAAACCCAUCCCUGUCACAAGGUCCAACAGCAUCCUGCUUGAAGUACUGUUCAAGACCCGAGGCCAGGAUAGGACCCUUGAAGCAGGAGAUCCGCGGGUGUGGAAGGUCAUUCUGCUGGGCGUCGGCAUGGUGAUGAUGGCCGUCCUAACUGUCGUGGGCUACAGCAUCUACCCAUGUCUACCACGCGAAGAACAGGCAACAAGAGGACUAUAACUAACCCAGUGCCCUCUACGGACGUAAGGAGAGUUCGUUGGACGAUUCGAUAGAUUUGAACCAAUUUAAAUUGUCGAUUUCGCAAUGAGAAGACUGGAUUUCCUAACUUGGGAAUGACCCUCUCCCGCCUUGGGACAGUAUAUUGUAUAUAAAAAAAAUAAAA